GACGCGCUCGGGCCGAAGUGCAUCUUCGCCCUCUCGGCCACGCGCUUGAGGCCGAGGCCGGGGGCGAGGUCGGCCGAGCCCAGCAGGGCGAGGCGCAGCAAGGGCGGUGACAGCGCUCAAGUCUCGGCAGCCCGCGGCAUCAGAGGAGCCACGAUAGACUCCGGGGCCCAGAUCACCGCGUUCCCCUGCGACGUGCUGAAGAGCAAAGGCUACGCGCUGGCCAAGUCGAGCAUCUCCAAGCUGCAGUCCAUCGACGGCGCGAAGGCAGCGGACGUGGAGUGGCCCGUGAUGCCCACCGACGCGAUCACGAAGCAGGGCAAGUCGGUCAUCCACCCCCCCCUGGGCGACUGGAUUGCGGCCGGCCCGGUCUCGCCCCCGACGUCGGCCAACGCGAUCAAGCUGAUGAAGGAUCGGGGCACGUGCUACCUGGAGUGCGACGAGAUGCUGGACAACUCCGCCGAGGGCAAGCGCGCGGCACGGAUGGCAAGCAUCGGCGAGCAGCAGGGCGAGGGGCUGUACCUCAGCGCGGCUCGCAAGACCCUGCGCGCGCAGGUGCCAGCAACGGAGCCAGCAACGGAGGACCGACAGCAGCUGCCGACAGCGCUCGGACCAGACCCCAGCGAGAACGUCACCUUGAAAGCGAAGGUGAGCUCAGAGCCCAAGGGUGACGACGAGUACCCAGUCGUGGAGAUGGACUUCUUCUUCGCGGCUACCGACGAGAUCGCGAGGAAGCACCUCAUGGUGAACGGCAUCGUCGUGAAGGUCAUCGACUUCAGGAAGCUGGAGACCAAGGAGCGCGGGGAGCUGCCCGCGAUCCUGAACGUCGUGGAUUGCAGGUCCAACGCCUCGGCCGCGCUCUUCGGCCCCAAGCGGAUCGGCGAAUGCAAGUCACUCUUCGUGGCCAUGCUCGUCGACAGCUGGGGCCGCGCGACGGUGAUUCUGCUCGCGGACGGCGAGAGCGCGAUCGUCGCCCUGGCUGAGCAGGUGAAGAAGCUCAGGUCGCAUUCCACGAUAGUGCGGCAAGGCCCAGCGUACUCCUCGAAGAGCAUGGGGCGCGUUGAGGCCAGCAGCGGAGCGGCGGCGGGGCCACUCCGUACGCUGCGGUUUUCACUUGAGACCAAGCUCGGCUGCAAGCUCGAACUCUCGGAUCCCGUCCUCGCUUUCCUCGCCAACGCGGCGGGCUGGUGCGUCGCGGGGUGCCAGCCGAGGAGCCGCGGAAGAUCUAGCUACAAGUUCCUCUUCGGCCGAGAAUACGAAGGAGAAGUGGCAGAGAUCGGCGAGCAGGCGCGGCGUCGCAUCUCGGCUCGCGUUGCGGCGGGCCAGGGCAAGUUCGAGGCGCGCUUCGCGAAGGGCAUCUGGGUCGGCAAGUCAGAGUUUGGCGACCAGCACUUGGUGGUGGACCUUCAGCGCGGCCUCCUGAAGGUGCGCUCGGUUCGCCGCGUGCCCGAGGAGUUCCGCUGGAACGCCGAGCUCGUGAAGCAGGUCGACGCCACCCCAUGGGCACCUGUGCCUGAGCGCGUGAAGUCGACCAUCAAGCAAUCCAUGUACAUCGCGGAGGCUAUGAAGAACAUGCAUGGACCGACGGGCAGCUGCCCGAACUGCGUCUACGGGCGGGGCCAGCACAGCGAGCAGCGCCGGCAGCGCCUCGAGACCAUCGCGCAGGCGCUGGAGAGAGACCCCGUGCAGGAGACCCUGGAGCCGAACAAGCGGCAGAGGGUCGGAGCACUGGUGCAGGCACCCGAGGUCGUGGUCAUCGCGGGCCUCUCGGUCUGCGAGCUGGCGGUCUGCGAGGAAGACGGCGACCAGGAGGUGGACCCGCUCUGGGGCCCGAUCCCGUCGGGCCUCGAACGGUGUGAGGGCCUCUGCGAGGCGCACGUGGGCUGCUGCGUCUUUCGGCACGACCAUGGCGGGCAGUGCGCGUGCAGGGAGUGCCUCAUCGGCUGCGCCAAUGAGCUCAACCCCGACGACGAGGUGGUUGCGAGCCUGCGCGCGCUGUGGUCAAACCGCGGGGCGUACGAGAUCACCGACUGGAGCGUGGGCCCGAACGCGGCCGAGCCGACGGUGAAGGUCCAGUACGACUAUUACACUGGCGAGCCCCUCGACGAGCUGAAGUACCAGAAGGGCAAGGCAGACGAGCUCCAGGCCAUGUCCGAGCACGGCGUCUACAGCAAGAUCCGCAUCUCGGACUGCGAGCCUGGAGGCAAGCACAUCGGAGGCUACCCCAUUGCGCACGAGAAGGCUGGGGAGGUGCGCCGGCGCUUCGUGGGGGCGGAGGUUGCCCGCCAGCACCGCGAGGACAACCAUCAGGGCACACCCCCACUCGCGAUGGUUCGCGCGAUCCUCAACUUGGCGGCCAGCAAGCACGACAGCGACGGUCAGCACCGAAGGUGCAUCCGCAUCUGGGAUGUCCGCAAGGCGUUCCUCAACAGCGACCUGCGCGAGAAGAUCUACGCCCACCCAGGCAGCCAGCUGUGCGAGCGAGGCUUCUGCUGGGAGCUGCACAAGGCCUUGUACGGGACCCGCUUGGCCAGCCAGCUGCGGGGCGAGAGCGUGAAGGCUACCUCGGACGACGCUAGAGGCCAGGCGCUGAAGGGUGCCCGUGGCAUGUUCUACUUCCCCAACCUCUGCAGCGACGGCAAAGACGCCGCGAUGGGGGUCCACGGCGACGACUUCACUGCGGAGGGCCACGUCGCGACGCUCGACCAGUUGGACGACGUCCUGAGCGUGGAGUACGAGAUUACCUCAUCGCCGCCGCUGGGACCUGGACACCCUGGAGUUGCCCGAUACCUGAAGCGCGUCUACCUCUACGUGAUCCUCAAGUUCGGGUCCAAGGAGGGCGCCGAGGCAGUCGACGCAUCCGGCACCGAGGCGAUUGGAGCACAGCUGCGCAACGCGACGGACCUGAUGCCCACGGCUGAGGCUCGUAAGUCAGCAUCGGCAGGAGGGCUUGCACUAUACCUUGCGGCGGAUCGCCCUGACAUCAUGUUCUCGAGCAAGACCAUCAUGCAGGACGUGAGCGGGCCGAACUACCAGAUGCACGCGAGGCUCAUGAGGUUGGCCCGCUACCUCGAGGGCCACCAGGUGCUGAGUGCCGAUGGAGACGCAGAUUGGGCAGCCCCUACGGCGGCGGCGCGCAAGAGCACCUCGGGAUUCACAAUCAGGUUCGGCAAUCAUACCUGGGACUGCUACUCGGCCAGCCAGGCCACCCAGGCGCUGAGCAGCGGCGAGUCGGAGUUUUACGCCCUCGGCUCGAUCGCGGCCCGAGGUCAGCAGGUGAAGUUCUUCCUGAGCGAGAUCUGGAUAAAGAUCAAGCUGGUGGUGGCCUCGGACAGCACGGCCGCUCGCGGCAUGGCCCAGCGGCACGGAGUGGGCAAGGUGCGCCGCGUGGAGCUGUGCUACCAUUGGGUGCAGGAGCGGCUUCGACUCCAGAUGUUCGAGCUCGUGAAGGAGGACACCCGCAAGAUGCUGGCUGAUAUACGGACGAAGUACGUGGGCAAGGAUAGCAUGGCCAAGCACCUGCGCGAGCUGAACCUGAGGAUGACGGGCGCGGCCAUGGUCCUCUCGACGCUCCUGGCGAUUCCGAGCGCGGCGGCGACGUCGGAACAGUGCAGGAUGGACGAUGAGGGCGAGAAGCUCGGAACGCGGCAGUCGGGGGGAUUUCCCUGGCUGCUGGUGAGCUUGAUCUUCGUGCUGUACCUCGUUGCCUACCUCGCCGGCUGGCGCGCGGGCAGGAGGCUCGAGGAGGACUCGGAGCCCAGCCAGGAGCCGCCAGAGGAGCGGAUCGCCUGGAGGAGCUCGGAUUACAUCAACGAGCAGAAGUACACGACGCGCGAGCAGAGCGUGCGGCUUAAGGUGGGCUACGCCAGGAAGGAGGAGCUCGUCGAGACGGCCAGCGCGACCAGCCCGAUGGAGAUGCAGGUGGUGACCCAGCUGACCAACGAGCUGAAGGACCGCGGGGUCGUCGUGAAGUGGCAAGUUCGCAUGCUGGCGAGCGGGCGCAGGAUCAGCGAGAUGCUGGCCACCACCGCGGAGGUGCUGAACCGCCUGCAGGAGCGCUUUGGCUGA